AUGGAAGACGCAAGCUUUUCUGCUACUCGUCAACAAGCGCACGCAUACCCGCCUGGCGAUGAGGUUUCGUCCGUUGUCAAGGACAGCCCAAACAAGCUGAGCAUCGUCAACAUCCCCACAUACAUCGAGGAGGAGCAGAUUCGAGAGCUUGUUGGGUCUUGGGACACAAGCUUUUCUGCUACUCGUCAACAAGCGCAUCCUCACAGCGCUUGUUGGCAUGACCUUGUUGUCAAGGACAGUCCCAACAAGCUGAGCAUCGUCAACAUCCCCACAUACAUCGAGGAGGAGCAGAUUCGAGAGCUCGUCGAGACCCAACAAGCUGAUCUUUCUUCUCUCUUCUCCUUCUUGGAUCUCGAGACUGGCUCCAAGGUGCACGAGUUCGCCGACCAGUCGUCAUCGUGA